ACUACCAGUCGGUGGUGGUAGAGGGAGAAUUUUUAAUGCUGAACAGGAGGCAGCCGUUGUCAACAUGGUUCUGGCAAAUAAUGCCAUUAGGCUGCGUGAAAUCAAGGCAGCAGUGAUUGCUGAUCAGGGAGUAUUUAGGAACAUCCAUACUGUGAGUGAGGCCACAAUUGACCGCGUCCUCCGAAGGAAUCAUAUGGCCAUGAAACAGCUCUAUAGAGUUCCUUUUCAGAGGAACUCUGAAGCUGUGAAGGAGGCCAGAUGCCAAUAUGUGGAGCGAAUAAUGGAGCUUGAAGCUGAGGGGGCACAUCAUAUCUUCAUUUAUGUCGACGAAGCCGGCUUCAAUCUUUGUAAAGUAAGGAGACGAGGAAGGAACCUCAUUGGGAAUAGGGCCACUAUUACUGUUCCAGGGCAGAGGGGUGCCAAUAUAACUAUGUGUGCUGCCAUCUCCAAUGAUGGCGUCCUGUGCCAUAUUCCUACCAUUGGCCCAUACAACACUGAGCGUCUCAUAGCAUUCCUGAAUGCCCUUUAUGACAUCCUGAUCCCACCUCAGGAGCGAGGCCUGUUGAGGCCUGGCAUGCCACGGUUCGUGAUUAUCUGGGACAAUGUGGCGUUCCACCACUCUCGUAUUGUGAAUGAGUGGUUUGCAGUGCACUGUCGGAUGAUGGUACAAUUUCUUCCUCCAUACUCUCCGUUUUUAAAUCCCAUAGAGGAAUUCUUUAGUGCAUGGAGAUGGAAGGUAUAUAAUCACCGACCCUAUGAACAGAUGCCCUUGCUCAAUGCAAUGACUGCUGCUGCCCAAGAUAUAGAUGCAGAGGCAUGUCAAGGAUGGAUCAGGCAUGCUAGACGAUUUUUCCCUCGGUGCAUUGCACGAGAGAAUAUUGAAUGCGAUGUGGAUGAGGCCUUGUGGCCCAGGCUUCAAGAAAGAGGAGACUAGAAGAGACAGAAGAGUAUCACUUGUGGCUAUCGCUUAUACUCUUAUAGUAUAGACCUACUAUAGUUUUUCGUUGUUUACUGUAAAAUUCUGUGUUUUUUCAUAAUUUCUUACACAGUAAUGGAUUUUAUUUUUAUUUCCAUGUAUUUUCAGUUGGAAUAUUUCAUUUGUCAGCCACAGUCUAAAAAAAUUAAGCAUUUAAUUAAUAAAAUUUGCAUCAAAGCAUAUCUGAUUCUGGAUGCAUUUUUUUUGCUAGAGGGUAAAUUUGACUACAUACAGUCACAUAUAGACUACAAUGACAAGCAAUGGUCACUGAUUCACACAUGAGUGCUGUAUUUUGUAUUUUGUUGCCCAAUGUGUAAUGAUUGAUUGGAGGUGUUCAUACACUUGUGUCAAAUGUGAGUUGUUUGAAGGCUAAAUUUGCUUUUGUUGCAUAUUUUAAAGGUUUUGACACUGGUUUGGCCUUUUGCAAACAAAAUGUGUAAUUUUGAACACUGUGUCACUGUUUAGGUCUCAGUGUUAACUGUUUCGAAAAAUGUGAAUUUGAGUCGACGGCAGCGUCAAAACAACCAAUAAAAAC